CGCUCUGUCCCUGGCUCCCCCAUGCACGGGGCUAGGUGUGCGCGCAGCUCUCCGGGCGCUACUUUGCGCGCGCUCUCUGGCGCAUAUGCAAAUCCACGCGCCCCCAGCCGGAGUUAGGAUGCUGCUGCCGCUUCUUCCUCCCCUGCAAGACCCAGCUCCCGCAGACUUGUUCUCAAGACUAUGAGAUGACCAGUCCUCUUCACCUAGCAGCAGCAGCAGCCUGGGCACCUGACCUCCUCCUCGCAACCUUGAGCAGACCAGGGGGGAGAAAAGGGCUCCUCUCCUCACCUCUCCUCCUGUGCCUGGGUGCGGUGGCAAAGCCAGGGGGGCUGUGAAAGCAGCGCAGACUCGGGGCACGUUGGUGGCAGCCUUUGGGCUCUCCAGACUGGACGAGUGGCAGGAGAAGCAGCCACUUGAAGAAGGGAGGGGCUCUUGAAAAGCUGCCCCCCUCCUCUUCCCUUCCUCCCCCCUUGCCCAAAGAAAGUGGAGUGCGGGGCUUGCUUCUUCCUGAGGACUGCUGCUGGUGGUGGUGUGUUUUUUCCCUUUGCUUGCUUCUCUGCCCAGCCAUGGGGAAAGGUCUGGAAAGCACGGCUGCCCGAUGCGGACUGGGACUGGGAUACGUACUGCAAACGUUCGUGUUACCUGCCCUGGCUAUCCUGAGUGCCAGCACCACGGGCUCCGCAGCGCAAGAUGAUGAUUUUUUUCAUGAACUCCCAGAAACCUUUCCAUCUGAUCCUCCAGAGCCUCUGCCUCAUUUCCUCAUUGAGCCUGAAGAAGCUUACAUCGUAAAGAACAAACCUGUGAACUUGUACUGCAAAGCCAGCCCUGCCACCCAGAUCUAUUUCAAGUGCAACAGUGAAUGGGUUCAUCAGAAGGACCAUGUGGUGGAUGAGCGAGUAGAUGAAACUUCUGGUUUGAUUGUUCGGGAAGUGAGCAUUGAGAUUUCCCGUCAGCAGGUGGAAGAACUCUUUGGACCUGAAGAUUACUGGUGCCAGUGUGUCGCUUGGAGCUCUGCCGGCACUACUAAGAGUCGAAAGGCCUAUGUUCGCAUUGCAUAUCUCCGGAAGACUUUUGAACAGGAGCCCCUGGGAAAAGAAGUGUCUUUGGAACAGGAAGUCCUGCUCCAGUGCCGUCCACCUGAAGGCAUCCCAGUAGCUGAGGUGGAGUGGUUGAAAAAUGAAGAGGUGAUUGAUCCUAUCGAAGAUCGGAAUUUUUACAUCACCAUCGAUCACAACCUGAUCAUCAAGCAGGCACGUCUUUCUGACACAGCUAAUUACACCUGUGUCGCCAAAAACAUUGUCGCCAAGAGGAAAAGCACUACUGCCACUGUAAUUGUCUAUGUCAAUGGCGGCUGGUCUACCUGGACUGAGUGGUCAGUGUGUAAUGGUCGCUGUGGAAGAGGCUAUCAGAAGCGCACAAGGACCUGCACCAACCCUGCCCCACUCAAUGGUGGUGCCUUUUGUGAGGGCCAAAAUAUCCAAAAAAUAACUUGCACCACGCUGUGCCCAGUGGAUGGUAGAUGGACAGCGUGGAGUAAGUGGUCUACCUGUGGAACAGAGUGCACCCAUUGGCGCAGGAGGGAAUGCACAGCGCCAGCACCGAAGAAUGGUGGGAAAGAUUGUGAGGGUCUCGUUCUGCAGUCCAAGAACUGCACAGAUGGGCUGUGUAUGCAGAGUUUCAUUUAUCCUAUUUCAACUGAACAGAGAACCCAGAAUGAAUAUGGAUUUUCUUCUGCUCCUGACUCAGAUGAUGUAGCUCUCUACGUUGGCAUUGUGAUAGCUGUAAUCGUGUGCCUCGCUAUUUCAGUGAUUGUGGCACUGUUCGUGUACCGGAAGAACCACCGUGACUUUGAGUCAGAUAUUAUAGACUCCUCGGCACUAAAUGGCGGAUUCCAACCCGUUAACAUCAAGGCUGCAAGACAAGAUCUCCUGGCAGUGCCACCAGACCUCACAUCUGCUGCAGCCAUGUACAGAGGUCCUGUCUACGCCUUGCAUGAUGUCUCUGAUAAAAUCCCAAUGACCAACUCUCCAAUCCUUGAUCCACUGCCCAACCUGAAGAUCAAGGUCUAUAGUACCUCGGGUGCCGUCACCCCACAGGAUGACCUGUCUGACUUCUCAUCCAAGUUAUCCCCACAGAUAACUCAGUCUCUUCUGGAAAAUGAGGCCCUGAACAUGAAAAACCAGAGUCUUGCUCGACAAACAGACCCAUCAUGCACUGCUUUUGGCACCUUCAACUCCCUUGGAGGUCACCUGAUCAUUCCCAAUUCAGGUGUAAGUUUGCUGAUCCCUGCAGGGGCUGUUCCCCAGGGAAGAGUCUAUGAAAUGUAUUUGACAGUUCACAGGAAGGAGAACAUGAGGCCACCAGUGGAAGACAGUCAAACCCUUUUGACUCCUGUGGUGAGCUGCGGGCCUCCAGGAGCGUUGCUGACACGGCCUGUCAUUCUAACUAUGCACCAUUGUGCAGAGCCAAACACAGAAGACUGGAAGAUCCAGCUGAAGAACCAAGCAGCCCAGGGACAGUGGGAGGACGUGGUGAUGGUUGGAGAGGAGAACUUCACCACCCCAUGCUACAUCCAGCUAGACCCAGAAUCCUGCCAUAUCCUGACAGAAACACUUAGCACCUACGCCCUGGUGGGACAGUCAACCACCAAAGCAGCAGCAAAACGUCUCAAGCUGGCCAUCUUCGGGCCGCUCUCCUGCUCAUCACUGGAAUACAGCAUCCGAGUCUACUGCUUGGAUGACACUCAGGAUGCCCUUAAGGAAGUUCUACAGCUGGAGAGGCAGAUGGGAGGACAGUUACUGGAAGAACCAAAGGCUCUGCAUUUUAAAGGAAGCACCCACAACCUCCGUCUGUCCAUUCAUGACAUUGCCCAUUCUCUCUGGAAGAGCAAAUUGCUGGCUAAAUACCAGGAAAUUCCCUUUUACCACAUCUGGAGUGGGUGUCAGAGAAAUCUACAUUGUACCUUCACCCUGGAAAGAUUCAGCCUGAGCACGCUGGAGCUAGUUUGUAAACUCUGUGUACGGCAGGUCGAAGGAGAAGGACAGAUCUUCCAACUCAACUGUAUGGUGUCAGAGGAACCUACUGGCAUUGAUUAUCCUCUCAUGGAUUCAGCAAGUACCAUCACCACCAUAGUGGGACCAAGCGCUUUCAGUAUUCCCCUGCCCAUCAGACAAAAGCUCUGCAGCAGCCUUGAUGCCCCACAGACCAGGGGCCAUGACUGGAGGAUGCUGGCCCACAAACUGAAAUUGGACAGGUACCUAAAUUAUUUUGCUACAAAAUCAAGUCCUACUGGCGUGAUCCUAGAUCUUUGGGAAGCCCAGAAUUUUCCUGAUGGCAACCUGAGCACGUUGGCAGCAGUCCUUGAAGAAAUGGGAAGACACGAGACAGUUGUUUCUUUGGCGGCAGAAGGAAAAUAUUGAUGCAACCUUGGAAUGAAAAAGGAGGAAUGGAACUAGGGUAGUUGUAUUGCCCUGUGAGCUAUGAAUAAGAAACAAAAUGAAUACCCAGACCAAUGAGUUUCACAAAAUACAUUUCAGAGAAGGAAAAAUCAGCCCUGACUUUCACAUAUGUUCUCCUUGUACAUUAUGACAGGAUCUAAAAGAAAUCAUGCAAAGUUGUACCUUGAAAAUAUAAAUCAACCUAACGUUCCCCUCAGCUUGGCUGUACACUGCUUGGUACAGGAUUUUACAGUUUCCUAGGAAACGCUUUUUAUUGCUAUCCAGAUGUAUGGAUAAACUUUCUUAACAAUCCCAGUUUCUAUGGACGUUGUUUACAUCAAAUACCGGACAGGGGUAAGGAGACUGUCCAGGGCUUUUUAUAUUUUUGUUUAAAGCCAUUCUAGACAAAACUGUGGACAGUUGGUUGUGGCUAUUUCAGAUGAUCAAUUUCCAGUGAAAUUCAAACUUGGGCUACAAAUCCGUCCAUCAAGUGUCUCAAAAUAAUCCUCCCAUCACUGUUCUGUUUCUUAGAUCUGGUUGAAAGACCAGUGUUUUGAAACGUGUGCAUCUGGAAAGCAGAUAAUCCGGGUGCUAAGCAGGAAUGCAUGUCUCUCUCCCUGCCUCUCCCAAGGGAAUUCCACGGGUUUGUUGUGAAAAAUAGCUGUAGGACUGUAGGGACGAUAGGGAUUCAUUUUCAACUCACAAUAUAAUCCACUCCCUUCUUAAAGAAAGUGUGUGUGCGUGAGAUAGAUGCAAUUUGGAGUGUGGGUUGGGUGGAGGGAAAUAACCCUGCAAACAGAUUUUACUGUAACGAUUAUUUACUGAUAAGUAUCUAGUGCAAGGAUUAUUAUUAUUUUAUUUUAAUUUCUAAUUUGUCAGAAAUAGCAUGUAUCAUUCAAGUGUAAGCAGAACCUGUUCUCUCCCUUCUGGUUCUGCAUGGGUUCUUCUAACACACUUCCCUUCAAAUGCCACUCUCCCUCCCCUUCUCCAGCCUUUGUGCUCAACCUUCAUGGCCUCGGGUUGCCAGCAGGGCAUGCUCACAUGGUUAGCAUACACUGGACCAGAUCCUCUGCUGGUGUAAAUUGAAGUCAAUGAUUUAAACCAGCAGAGGAUCUAGUUCAGUGAGUGCCAGCUAUCACACCAUGUGAGCUACUGCCAGGGGCAGCUCCAGGCACCAGCACACCAAGCACAUGCCUGGGGUGGCAAGCCAUGGGGGGUGAUCUGCCAGUCGCUGCGAGGGCGGCAGGCAGGUUGCCCUCAGAAGCAUGCCUGCGGAGGGUUCGCCGGUCCCACGGCUUCAGCGGACCUGCCGCAGGCGUGCCGCUGAAUCCCCGGGACCGGGAACCUCCCGCAGGCAAGCCGACGAAGGUAGCCUGCCUGCCGUGCUUGGGGCGGCAAAAUACCUAGAGCCGCCCCUGGCUACUGCAACAUCCCCUAUUUACUAAUGAUUCGAGGAGCAAACAAACAUCCCAUUGUUAUUCUGGAAGUCGGGGCUGCCCAAUGCCAAUGCUGUGAAUACACCCUCCCAAACCAACCACACAUAGCCCUUAAUUUUCAGAAGCACGUGUAGCAACAGUAUGUAGGUACUUCUCAUGAAUGCCUGACGUAGAUAUUCAUGUGACACAUCAGGCAAUGCGUGUGAAAAACAUGCGUGUGUACUCUGGAAAAUAAAGACCUUAAGCUCUGAUUUUUUUUUUUUUUUAAAAACAGAUCUUGAGCAGCCACCACUCCCAUUUACUUUCCUUGGGAUUGUGGGUGCCCAGCCCCACUGAAAAUCAGUCCCUUCAAUUUUAAUCAAAGAUGUGUGAUAGUGGAGGACAGUUAUGGAACGGGGAGGCUGCUCCAUUUUAUUCUUCGGGGAAAUUCUGCUGUGUGUGAUCCAUUGCUGCUGCUCUGCCUCCAUGCAGGAAGGUGUCGCUGGAGACCAUGAGAGUUCCACCCCACAGGGCAAUGUAGAAUAACGGUGUUGAAUUCUGCUCUACAGCAGAGCUUUCUCCUCGCUAUUUUCACACCUUAUAAAUGCUCUUCCAAGUUGUCUCAGCAGUUACAGCUGGAACUCAUUUCCGCUGUUGUAGAAGGUGCUCAUUUGUUUUCAUCCCAUGUCCCUCUUGGCCAUUCUGAUGUGCGCAAACGGCUGAUGUAGGGAGUUUAAAGCUAACUAUUGUUUUUCCAGUUGCCAUUUCUUUGCAGACUUGUUUUGCUUUGUGAUUAGUGGGAAGAGCGACUCUUUUGUAUGAUGCAGGGCAUAUCAUUUCAAGAUUUCUUCCUAACCUUUCCUUUCACUUCCAAUGCUAGGAAAGCAUUUGCACCCAUGCCAUCGAGCCAGCCCCUGAUUUUUUAUUUAUUUAUUUUAUACUCUCACUCUGUAUUCUUGUAUGGGAUUUUUUUUUCUCCUCAGGUUUUAAAGUCUGCAUUUUUAAAUGUAACUGUGGAAAUGUCAAUUGUCAAAAUGGAAGGCAAAUUUCGUCUGACCUUUUCCCCAUUUUGACAUUUCGUAGGCUUUUUAGCUUCAGCUCAGUGUCACCGACAGUGUUCACAAAACCAUUCCCUGGGUGGAGAGCAGUUUGCCAGCAACUCACAAGUUGUGAAACCCAGAUAUAGACUCAUAGGGCUGGUGUGCACAGGUUCUUACCUUCAGAAUCUGCCUGCGUUUUAGUGUGGAGGACUCUCUCUGACGGGCUUGAACCUGAUUGUCCUUUUCAUAUGCAGUCUUAUCAUCCUGUUGGUUUGGGGCCUAAUCUAAACCCCAUGGAAGUCAAUGGAAGUCUUUUCAUAGACUUGAGUGGGUUUUCGCUCAGUCUCACCAUUUCCUCUAGCCUUCCCCACUACUUCCCUCUUGUCUCCAAUAUGCUUUCCUAACCCAGCCUCAUCUAUGGCCUUCAAAAAAUGAUUCCCUCUUUAGGGAAGCAGAGUCCCUGCCUUUCAGCAACAUUUUAACCAUUUUCCCACACUCUGUUCCUCCCCAAUGGAGUAAGAGGGGGGCUGAAAGAUGUGUCCCAGUUUUCCUCCGUUUCAGCUCCAAGCAGGUACCUCUUUAAUACUCCUCCUGCUAGGCUGCUCUUUCAGGACAGGCUGAUGCUCUUUUCUCUCUUUCAGCUCCCGCCUUCCACUCCUAGGAGCAUCUUUUGUCCUAUAAACCUCUAAGAUACUUUGAACUCGCUACUGUACGUUUUCACUUAGUAAGAAAACCUGCAGCCUUCUCACCCUAACCAUGCGAGGAAGUUUCUGAUAGUCACAGGCGAAGCUGUCUUAAGCAUAAACUUGGUGUCGGAACACUCUUUGUCAACGGAGUGUCUGUUCUCUGGUAAAAAAACAAAAAAACUGCAGCUGGGUGACUGGGUAAGCAAUUCUGACAGCAGGUCAAUAUCAUUCUCGAUGUACAGUACUUCCCUCGUUUUGCCACUAAGGGAUUGGUCAAUAGAAAAAGCUUAGCCCAUACUCUGAGGGAAGUGGAGAGUGAGUGCCUAUCCAAACUAAUAUUGCCACUUGUUGAGCAAGGGGAGGUGAGCUUGACUCAGAACCGCAGUUGUUCCUAUUUGUAUUCCAACCCAUCUGCUUGGGUGUCCAGUAAUCUGAAAAGAUCUCAAGUAAUCCAGUGUAGGGACAAAGGUGCUCUUUACUUCCCUUCCCUUGCAGUAGGUUCACAUGGGUGGCAGGGUCUAAUGGCACCAUAUAAACUUUUGGUCUAGCCUAAAUGUUUCUGUUGAAUGGUCCAACGUAAAUUAACACUCAAAAUUAGUGAUAGGUAACCGGUUGUACUUUGCAAUUGCACCUCCUUGGAUAAGUGAUUUGGGAAUCUGGUCCCAUCCAAACCUUUAGCUCUCUCUCACUUUAGCUUCCACAUCAAUUCAAGCUUCCUUUGUUUUGGGGGUUUUCUUCCCACCCUGCAGAAGGCCUAAGUGGUUCGUGGCUGGCAGAUAGAUUUGCAGCUCAAAACCCAUCUUUCUAAAUUUCACUUGGAGUGCUCCACAUUCAAUAUGCAUCCGUUUCAUUGAGGAAAUGGAGGGGAGGAGGUGUUUUUGGGGGAGAGGGAUUAAUUUUCAAAAUCCCUUGGAUAGGAGAAAAUAGAAGCAGUCCUUACCGCUGUGUGUUUGUACACACUGCCAUCUAGUGCUAUGGACCAUACUUUUUAUGGAAUACUGACACCAGUUUAAAACUAAUAAAGAUUAGCUUACAUAUUACCGGAGGGAAAUAAAUGUUGUGAGCCGGCUGUUUAGAAUAGCAAUUCAGUUGUGCAGACAGCAUCAACUCUUAAGACCUGUCAUAACAUUUACAGUGGGGGAAUCAGCUUGUUUAAAAGAUGACUGCACACUUCUUAUCCUCAAUAUAUUUACUUUUUUUUUUAAAAAAAAAGCUUAAUAUUUUCAUUGCCCACCCCAUGAUUUUGAAUUAUUGCAAUUUUGCUGCUCAUUAUGCCACCUCCUCAUUACAUGUUGGUUGCUAAUGAUAUAAAUAAAAUAUAUAUGUUAUAUAUAUAAAUAUAUAUAUA